AGACCAGCUGUCACUCAGAGGGCUGUCGGGGUCAUCUCAGGACAGCGCACACAGUUGUGUCAGGUCGUUCUCGGCAACAGAGCUUGUCACCAGAAUGGCGGGACGUCUUCUUCUUCGAGCUUGUACAACUACAAUUCUGCAGCUGAGGAGCAAUGUGGUGGCCAGACCGCUACACCGUGCUAUGGCCGGGGGAGGAAUACCAACAGAUGAGGAACAGGCCACUGGACUGGAGCGUCGCACCCUGCAGGCCCUCAAACAUGGGAAGGAUCCCUACAGUAUACUGAAGCCCAAGGAGUACGCUGGCACCAAACAGGACCCUCACAUCGUGCCAUGCAUCGGAACCAAGAGGCUGGUGGGCUGUCUUUGUGAGGAAGACAACACAGCGAUUGUGUGGUUCUGGCUUCACGAGGGAGAUGCCCAGCGCUGUCCUUCCUGUGGUUCCUACUAUCAGCUGGUCCACCACGAGCUGCCCCAUUGAAACUAAAUUUAACACAAGCUCUGUACAAACAGAAGCAUUCAUAUUUGCCUCCGUCAUGGCCAUGUACUCCGAUGUGUGCAUAUCAUUUAACAUGUGCAGUUUAUCAUUAAAAUGGAAUCCUGAACUGAAGUGUCUUGACAA